CAGUCCCGCCCCUCUCCUCCCCGGUUACCGAGCGUAAACAAAGUAAAAAUCAGCGAUUUAUUCACUUUUAAACUCCUGGAGCCAGUAAAAUAAACUUAUCGGCCGUAUAUGGUUGAAGUGGCUUAACCUUUAAAGGCGCGCUAUGGAUGCAGGAGCCCUAAAGCCGCGGAGGGUGAGGGAGCUGCCGCCGCUGCCGCAGGAGUCACUGAAGCCGGUGCGUCUCUGUUUUCAUCGAACACUUGGAAAUAUAAAGCUCGCUAUGAAGCGGGGGCAGCGAUCUCUUCCCACGAUGUCAAGUCAAGACACAACAGAUGUUCCAGCACUGAAACACAAGAAGAAGAGAGCGAAAAAGGAGGCAAGUGGGGUGGAUGAUACUGAUGAUCAGGGGAUGGAGAUGGGAGGCGUCGGCAGCCGCAGGGCUUCUGAGAUCGGCGAGCACCUAACCCUCGAACCUGCGGGGGACGCCCCCCCGCAGAGGAGGAGGAGGAAGAAGAAAACAGCCGCUAUAGAUCUCGAAGACGACCACGCCGACCUGGUGAACGGAGACGCUGCAGAUCAGACCACAGAUGAAGAAGUGGUCAGAAAACCCAGAAAGAAAAAGAAGUCCAAAGUUGUUGAGUCGCAGCUUCCGGAUGAGCUGGAUGUAGCGGAGGACGACAUCGUCACCGACACCCCUCCAGCCAUUCCCCAGCAUUCCCUGUUUGCCGCCCCGCAGGGUCAGAGCCAGCCAGUCGGGAAGGUGUUCGUAGAGAGGAACAAGCGUUUCCAGGCUGCUGAGCGCUCUGAUUGGAGGAAGCCCAGCGACCCGAUGGAUAACAUGCCGGACUUCCAGCACAUGCAGCCACUGUGGACCACCAAAGAUGUUUCCAUCAGAGUGCACGGAGGCUUCAGGGUGCUCGGGCUGUACUGUCAAGGCUUCCUGGCGGGCUACGCCGUGUGGAACGUGGUGGUGGUGUACAUGCUAGCCGGGCAGCACCUCACCGCUCUGUCUAACCUGCUGCAACAGUACCACAGUCUGGCGUACCCCUCGCAGUCCCUGCUCUACUUGCUGCUCGCCAUCAGCUCGGUGGCCGCCUUCGACAGAGUGAAUCUGGCCAAAGGUUCUGUGUCUCUGCGGGAGUUCAUCACGCUGGAGCCGGUGGCUCUCGCCUCGUUCUUGUAUUUCUCGGCGCUGGUCCUCUCUCUGAGCCAGCAGAUGACCAGCGAUCGGAUCAACCUCUACUCGUUCAACUCAACACUACUGCCUCCAGGGUCGGAGCACCAGAUUCUCCACCCGUGGGUGACCAUCAACCUGGUGGUGGCCCUGCUGGUGGGCCUGGCCUGGAUUUUUAGCGCCACCAGACCUGAGACGGACUUCACGGAGGGUUAUCUGAUGGCCAUGGAGAUUGAGCCUCCAAAGCCAGAGGACACUUCAGAAAUGACUCCCUGAGGAAAAUAAGGAUUUACUGUACAGCUUUGUAUCAUUUUGCACAUGUUUCUGCAUUAUAUUCUGUCUGUGAAUGUAGAUUAUUUUUCUAUAUUUAAAAUGUGCUCUUUUUUUAAAUACAGACAUUUAA